UAUAUACAUAAAAAAAUGUACAAAACAGCUAAUUAAAUAAGAUGUUAUUUCUUAACAGUGGAUCAUGAAUGUAAAAGCUCAAACUUCGUAUCAAGAAAUGAAGCAUUAUAUUAAGCAUUAAAUUAAUUAAUUAAUAUUUAUUUAAGAAUGUUUAAUCAGCAAUUAUGAUGAGCGCGAGCAUCUCUAAAAGCAUUCUUAACCUAGAAAUAACUAAAUUGAAAGUAAAAAAAUAUUAUUGAUGCUAAAUUACAUGACGCCUCCGCUUAUUGAAAUGCUGCAUGUAUGUGCCAUAUAGGUGGCGUUCGAAUUCAACGAAAAUGACUUUGGAACAAAGGGAUUGAAGAGCCUUGUUAGCAAUGUAGGCGCACGGAUGGUUUUAUUGCAUUAUUGCGUAUGUUAACGAGACGGUGACGGUGUAUGUGUGUGUCAAUUAUGACACUUUUACAAGUGUAUUUCGCUACGAAUAUUUACAACUAACAUUCUCCUGGCUCAGGCCCUUACUGACAAUUCCUUGAAUGAAAAUGUUAGUAUACAGAAUGUUCAGUCCUAUACAGAUAAAACAUGAAUGUACAACGGUAGAAGACGUAAACACGAGUAAUAGAAUCAACUCCUCAGACAAUUCUAUAUAUCCUAUUUUUAUCAAUCAAGAUGUCGAGUACAAGCACCGCCAGUUAUCCCAGUUUUGGGAGCAGUCGCAGUUAUCUAACGAGAUACCUACAAAGAACGACGUUCACGAUCAGCAGACUAUGUUCCAGGCAGAAAGCACUGGGACAUUACCAUAUGUGAAGGAUUACAUACAAAAUGGGAUAUUUUAUCAAGUUAAUCAAGAAGACGGCAGUAGUCAAAUACAGAUGAACAAUCAGUGUCAUCAGAGUACAAGUAACGUCAGUGCGGUGCAAGAGAACAAACAGUUGUCAUUGCAAGAUUUGCAGAAUGUGAAAAAUAUCACCCAGGCAUUGGCAGUAGAAUUGCCGAGCGGCGUAAGGGCCAGUCGUCUUGGAAGACCGUCGAAAAGUUCCACGGAGGCUAGUACAGGGAAAAAGAUGAAAUGCCAGUGCGAGAUUUGCUUUAAAGAGUUCGGACAUAAAAGUAAUCUGUUUAUACACAUGAGAACUCACAAUGGAGAAAGGCCGUACAAAUGCAGUCAAUGUGAGAAGUGUUUUACGCACAGUGGGAAUCUAGCUAUUCACAUGAGAACACACUCCGGUGAGCGCCCGUAUGGUUGUCAAAUAUGCGGGAAGAUGUUCAGUCACAGUGGAAACCUUUCGACUCACUUGAGGACUCACUCAGGCGUGAAGCCUUACAAAUGCAACGUGUGUGGUAAAGAAUUUCGGCACAGUGGCAAUUUAUCGAUACACGAGAGGAUACAUUCCGGGGUGAAGCCGUUUCAAUGCAAAAUUUGCGGGAAGGAGUUCUAUCACAGCGGCAAUCUGACGACGCACAUGAAGAAACAUCCUUUAAAUGCUAACGCGAACGCAACCGAUUGCGAGAAUGAUCGAAAGCAUAUAUUGCAUACCGCUGUGGACGUUAACGAUACUUCUUCAAAUUACUUAAAUGACGUACCGUUGUCGCUCAGUGAUGACAUUAAAUCGAUGCAUAAUAACAUGGUUCCUAUAAAGAAUGAAAGUACAGAAGAUACUGUAUUAAGCACUAUGGGAAAAUUAACGUCUAGUUGAAGUUGAUUGUAUAAAGUGAAUCAUGUUAAUGAGGGAUUAAACUUUUCAUCAUAAUUUCACGUGAGAUGUGCACGCUAUCGUCUCGCUUGUUAAUAUAGAAGGUGACGAUACUAGUACGUGUGAAGCAGAAAGAUCUUGGGAUUCUACUGUAGUUGCGUAAUAGUUGCUACAUGGUUCACUUUAUAAACAAAGAGGUUUUAAGAACAUAAAGUUUUUUAGUAUUUUUCCGCUCAGUCACUUAUACACUUUUUAACUGAUAUAUAAAGGCAAAAAAUUACCUUCACCUCUAUACCUUCUUGCAGUAUGGUGGUCUUUCUUGAGCCUAAAGUCUAAUACCACCGAGAUUUUACUAACGUAAAAUAUACUCACUUUGCAAGUUUUAUUUAGACCUCUGGAUGUAACUAUGAUCUGUGAUUUUCGAGUUUACUGAAGUAGGAUCUGACGACUGUAGGGAUAAUAUCCUAUAAGAGGAAUCCUUUCAACAUUUAUUUAUAUAAAUAAAUAAUUCAUACAUAUCUCAUA